GAGGGGCAAAACUGGCGGGUACUGAACAAACUCCUCUCUGUGUGUCCGGAAAGUCCAAAACCGGCACACUGCCAUGACAAACAAUGUGUUGUACACUCUCGUUACGUACUUGUAUCGUUGACACGCGUGUUCGUUAUUAAUUCAUCAAUUGAUCCAUUCAAAUCGAUAGAGUCAUCAUUCCCCAUCGAUUUCACUAUUGCAACCCAUUUUUUAGUCCCUUUUUGAAUUUUUGCACGCCAUUAUUUUUCAGCAUCUUGCAUUUUUUAUAUUUGUUUUUUUUAUUCUUUCGCUGUAGCGGUUUUGUGUGUAGAAGAAAUUGUUUUGGGAAUUGUUUAGCGAAUUGUUUUGCGAAUUGUUUUGCUAAUCGUUUUGCGAAUUGUUUUGCGAAUUGUUUUGCGGAUUGUUUUGCGAAUUGUUUUGGAUUUUUUUUUUGGGGGGGGAGUAGAUUUGGAGUUUUGGAAUUUUGGGAUAUGAAAGGGUGAAUGGAGCGGUAUCGGGGCACGUGAUUAGGAUUGAGAUAGUGAAUAAUGGAGAAUCGCGUUGGUGUUGGUGGCGGUAUCACCGGUGCAAUUGAACCAACGAGAUGCGUCGGUACACCAUCACCGGUACCAACUCCAACAACAGCGGUAUCAACUGCUGUCACCACACCAUCAACUGUAACAACGGCUAUUACUGGUGUCAAUAAUGGAAUAAACAAUCAAAGUAAUGUUGUUGUGCUACCGAGUCCACCAGCACCGACUCACUCUCAAAGUAACGUGCCAAGGAUACUCAGCAGAAAUGUCAAUGGAACACUUGUGCAGACAUCAGUGCCGCAAAAUGAGGCUGAGCUGCAGCUGUACAGAGUUAUGCAGAGAGCAUCAUUAUUGGGCUACUAUGAUACCCUCCUCGAAAUGGGUGGAGAUGAUGUACAGCAGUUGUGCGAUGCUGGUGAGGAGGAAUUCUUGGAGAUAAUGGCACUCGUAGGGAUGGCGAGUAAACCCCUGCACGUGAGGAGACUACAAAAGGCUCUCCAAGAGUGGAUAACGAAUCCCUCUUUAUUUCAAACACCAGUUGUGCCAGGAAGUGGAUCGAGUAAAAAUUCAACGGCUUCGGUAACAACAUUCGCCUGCGCUAGCCCGAGACUUCAGAAUGCCAGUGUUUUUACUGGAUCAUCUUCAACGAGUCCCACAGCUCCAAUAUCAUUGACAACACAUGUACCAAUUACUCCGUUACCCUGUAGAAGUAUCAGCCCAGUGACACCAACGUCUGUUGUCACACCAACCCCUACCUCGACCUUUCGACAGAGUCCCAGCCCCAGUACCAAUAUCAUCACGUACUCUGGGGUUCACAGUCCGGACGUACUCCAGGUUGGCACUUGCGAAUCGUCAUGUGGCAGUGGUACAACAUCCAGUCCAGGUGGUGGUGGUGGCAGUUUAAAUGCACCACCAAGUCCAACCCAAGGAACCCCUACACUACUUUCAUCUCAAGUACAGAGACUUGCUGAAGCUGCUGAACGUCUUGCUAGUAGUCUUCGUCCGCUCGAUCCAAAGCCCCACAACAUCAAGAAGAAAAUCUGCAAGAAUCUCGAGCUGGUGAUGACUAUGCCAGACACUGACCCCAGGAGAAUGGAGGAAAUAAGAAAAUAUGCGGCUAUUUAUGGACGAUUUGACUGCAAACGAAAACCUGAAAAACCGUUGACGUUGCAUGAAGUAUCAGUUAACGAAGCGGCAGCUCAAAUCUGUCGAUUUGUCCCAGCCUUAUUAACGAGAAGAGAUGAACUCUUUCCACUUGCUAGACGAGUUGUCAGAGACUCAGGCUAUCACUACUCGAAAAAUCAAUUUUUAUCUAUGACGAGAUGCCGUGAUAAUGGCGAUGACUCGGAAAAUGAAAGGGUAAAGAGACGACAUUUGGAUCAUGAUCCAGAGGGUGAAGACACGUCCCAGACUGAGUUGGACCUUCGGUGUACCGGAAUGGAUGUCAAUAUUUCGAGUAUGAGGAGUCAUGGAUCGUCGAGUCCAGUCUGGCGAAAGAAGAAUAACAACGGUGUAUUUGGCACGAGCCUCGAGGGAAUCAGUGAUACCGAUAGCCAAUUUUCGUUUUCCAAUGAAGAAUCAUCCUCGAUUCAUGAUCCAAAUGACCUAGAGGCUGACAAUACGGAUAAAGAAAGUGAUUUCAACUUGAAGGUUAUUGCCUCUCGAGGUGACAAUAUAAUUGCUGUGGCAAAUCCCGCAUUAAUGGAGUGCAAUCAUCCGAUUAAAAAGGAACCUGAAGAUGAAAAGUCGACGCUGUGAUAAUACGUUAGUGUAAAAUCGUUAAAUCUCCGAGAAAAAUUCAAUAGAAAAAUAACAAAUACGCAUUACAUUGUCUUAUUUCUUUUUUAAAAAAUGAUGAUUCUUAUUUCCAUUAUUAUAGCAGUUAUCAGUGUGAUUAUACUUGUAGCCUCAGUUGCACUUCUUUUACAAAUACUGUAUAAAUGAAUUGACUAUGAACAAACAGUAAAUGAAUAAUGGAAACGAA